AGAGCGGAUCCCGUGGAGCGCAGAGAGGGCGGGGCGCUCGCCGUGCGCAUGCCCAGUGACCGCCCGCGCCUGCAGGCUGGCUGGCGUCGCGCUGUCCGGCGCGUCAGACUCCGCGGUCCGUCAUGGCGGCCCCCAUCCUGAAAGAUGUAGUGGCCUAUGUUGAAGUGUGGUCAUCCAAUGGAACAGAAAAUUAUUCAAAGACAUUUACAACACAGCUUAUGGAUAUGGGGGCAAAGGUUUCAAAAACUUUUAAUAAACAAGUAACACAUGUUAUCUUCAAAGAUGGCUACCGGAGCACUUGGGACAAAGCUCAGAAGAGAGGCGUAAAGCUCGUUUCAGUGCUCUGGGUUGAAAAAUGCAGGACGGCCAGAGCACACGUCGACGAAUCAUUGUUCCCUGCAGCUAAUAUGAAAGAACACUUGCCAAGCCUAAUUAAAAAAAAGCGUAAGUGUAUGCAGCCCAAAGAUUUUAAUUUUAAAACACCAGAGAAUGAUAAGAGAUUUCAGAAAAAAGUUGAGAAAAUGGCUGAAGAGCUACAAAGGCAAAAAAGAAGUCUAGAUGAUGACGUACCUAUUCUCUUAUUUGAAUCUAAUGGCUCAUUAACAUACAGUCCCAGAAUGAAAAUUAAUAAUAGUCACCACAGCGCAAUGGAGAAGAGAUUACGAGAGAUGAAGGAGAAAAGGGAAAAUCCUUCCCCCACCUCUUCCCAAAUGAUUCAGCAGUCUCAUGAUAAUCCAAGUAACUCUCUGUGUGAAGCACCUUUGAACAUUUCACAUGAUGCUUUAUGUUCAGAUGAAUCCUUCGCUGGUGGCUUACACUCAUCUUUUGAUGAUCUUUGUGGAAACUCAGGAUGUGGAAAUCAGGAAAGGAAGUUGGGAAGAUCCAUCAAUGACAUUAAAAGUGAUACAUGUAUUUCUUCACUUGUCUUGACAACAAAUAAUAUUCAUUCAUCACCAUCUUUCACUUACCUUGAUAAAUCAAGUCCUCAGAAAUUUCUGAAUAAUGUUUCAAAGGAAGAAAUAAACUUGCAAAGAAAUAUCAUAGGUAAAAUAGUCACCCCUGACCAAAAGCAGGCUGCAGAUGUGUCUCAGGAGACGUUUGAAGAGUAUCGUUUGUCUCCUAUGUUAUCUUCAACAAAAGGCCACCUGUCAAUACAUUCAAGACCCAGGAGUUCCUCAGUAAAAAGAAAAAGAAUAUCAGAUGGCUCCCGUUCACCUCCGAAGGAAAAAUGCAAGAGAAAGCGGAACGUCCGUAGAUCUAUCAUGCCGAGGCUGCAGCUGUGCAGGUCGGAAGGCAGCCUGCAGCGUGUGGCUGGACCCAAGCUCCAGGCUGUCAGCUGUGAGGAGUCUUCAUAUGAUGACUAUUUUUCACCUGAUAAUCUUAAGGAAAGGAAUUCAGAGAAUCUUCCUCCUGAAUCUCAGCUGCCAUCAAGCGCUGCACAGUUCAGCUGCAGAAGUCUUUCGAAGAAGGAGAGAACAAGCAUAUUGGAAAUGUCGGAUUUUUCCUGUGUUGGUAAAAUAACCAGAACAGUUGAGAUUACCCGUUUCACAGCAAAAACUAUCUCCAGUCCUCAGAAACCUGCAAAUGGUGAAAGCCAUGCAACUUUGAGUUGCGUGACUUCUGAGGAAUCCUUUGCCCCUGAAGAAACCCUAAGGUGUGGUAGACAGGCUGGGCCUCAGCAGAAAGAUGAUGCAUGCCCAGGGGGAAAGGGCUUUUCUUACCCCGUUGAGGACCCUGCUCUUCCAAAAGGAGAGGAUGGUGAUUUAACUCCUUUGGAAGGAAGCCUGGAAGAAGUGAACGAAGCGGUGUGUCUGAAAAGCACAGAGAACGAAGGUACCACUUCCAAAAUAUCAAACUCCUCUGAAGGCAAAGCCCAGAGUGAACAUGAGCCACAUUUUGUAGUCGAUUGUAACGUGGAGAGGUCUGCAGAAGAAAAGGAAAACUUACCCAGAGGAUACCCUGGAAGUGUUAAAAAUAGACCAACAGGGCAUGAUGUUUUAGAUGGCUCAUGUGAAGGCUUUAAGGACCUCAUCCAACCUCAUGGGGAAUCGAAGAACAGCGGGAGAGGCACAGAGCCAACAAGAACAUUAGUCAUGACAAGCAUGCCAUCUGAAAAGCAGAAUGUCGUCAUCCAGGUAGUGGAUAAAUUGAAAGGCUUUUCGAUCGUGCCGGAAGUCUGUGAGACUACGACUCACGUGCUCUCCGGGAAGCCUCUUCGCACCCUGAACGUGCUGCUGGGAAUUGUGCGUGGCUGCUGGAUUCUCUCUUACGAUUGGGUGCUAUGGUCUUUAGAAUCGGGUCACUGGAUUUCUGAGGAGCCGUUCGAACUCUCUAACCACUUCCCUGCAGCUCCUCUGUGCCGAAGCGAGCGCUACUUGUCUGCAGGGCCGUACCGUGGAACCCUCUUUGCUGACCAGCCAGUGAUGUUUGUCUCGCCUGCCAGCAGACCCCCAACGGCCAGUCUCUGUGGACUGGUUCACCUGUGUGGAGGCAGGGUCAGCCAAGUCCCCCGCCAGGCCAGCAUCAUCAUCGGGCCCUACAGUGGAAAGAAGAAAGCAACAGUCAAAUACCUGUCAGAGAAAUGGAUCUUAGAUUCCAUCACCCAGCACAAGGUCUGUGCCCCUGAAAACUACCUGCUGCCACAGUGACCCCACUGGCAUGGGUGGUGACUGCACACCGCUCACAACACUGUCUUUGGACAUUCAAAUGAGAAACAAAACUGUGAAGGAAGGAACUGACGAAUACAGGAUGACUUCGGAUAUCACGUUUGCCACGUGUGGUGGUUCUUAUCAUAAGAACUCUCAGGUGACUUUCUGAUGACUGAAUUUGUUCAGAGAAGUUUUAGAUGGCUGGUGCUCCUUUUCAGACCUUUUGUUUUUCUUUUUCUUUUUUUUUUCUUUGAGGCAGAGUCUUGCUCUGUUGCCCAGUCUGGAGUACAAUGGCACGAUCUCAGUUCACUACAACCUCUACCUCCCAGGUUCAAGCAAUUCUUCUGCUUCAGCCUCUCAAGUAGCUGGGAUUAUAGGCAUGCACCACCACACCCUGCUGAUUUUUGUGUUUUUGGUAGAGGAGAGGUUUUGCUAUGUUAGCCAGGCUUGUCUCAAAUGCCUGACCUCAGCUGAUCCAUUGGGCCUUUUCUAUAAAAUGGCAGUUUUUUGUAUCUUAGUAGUGAGCAGAAUUGAAAGGUCUCAGAACCUUUGUCGUUAGAACACUGUACUGCCAAAUAAAGAAUGGAAAUUCCUUGACAUUGUUUUAUUACUGAGAACAACUAGAGAACUCUGAAAGUUUCUUGGCUUAGACUCGAAGAUCUUCAUUAAUACAUUAUCUACUAGGUAGAAAGGACAUUUAUCAGUUAUUAAGGUGACUUUUAUCUAGCUGAGAUUCCUCUCCCAAAGCAAUGAAAGAAGACAGGUAUGGAGGGUGUAAUAUAGGAUGACUGGUACCAUCUGAGUGUCUUGCUUCUGCAAGCCUGCUAUAUGGUAAGCAGAGCAUCACCAGCAAGGGAUCACAAUGUCCACUGGCCACUUCUUGCUCGCCAUCCUCCAGAGGAAACUGGCAGCUGGGGCUGAUUCACGGAAACACCGAUUUGUGGCUGGGUUUUGGCCACGCUAAUAGGGGUGUAGCCGUACCUCACUGUUGCUUUCAUCUUCAGUUCCCGAGCCAGGCACGGUGGCUCAUGCCUGUAAUCCCAGCACUUUGGGAGGCUGAGGUGGACAGAUCACUUGAGGUCAGGAGUUCGAGACCAGCCUGGCCAACGUGGCGAAAUCCCAUCUUUACUACAAAUACAAAAAUUAGCUGGAUGUGGUGGCAGGCACCUGUGGUCCCAGCUCCGUAGGAGGCCAAGGCAGGAGAAUUGCUUGAACCCCUUAGGCAGAGGUUGCAGUCAGCCAAGGUUGCAAUGAAUCAAGAUUGCUCCACUGCACUCCAGCCUGAGUGACAGAGCAACUCUCCGUCUCAAAUAAAGAAAUAAGAAACACCGAUGUGUCUGUCAUCUUCUAAACAAAUGAAAUGCUAGGAAGUCCUAGCCAGAGUGAUCAGGCAAGAAUAAGUCAUAAAAGGCAUCUAAAUAGGAAAAGAAGUCAAACUGUCUCUCUUCACUGCCGCUAUGAUUCUAUACCUAGAAAACCCUAAGGACUCUGCCAGAAGGUUCCUGGAACCAAUAAAUGACUUUAGUAAAGUUUCGUGCAUAGAAAAUCCAUGAACAAAAAUCAGCAUUUCCAAACACAAUAACAUGCAAGCUGAGCGCCAAAUCAAGAACACGGUCCCAUUUCCAAUAACCACAGAAUGAAAUACCUAGGAACACGUGUAACCAAGGAGGCGAAGCAUGCAACAAGCAGAACCAUCAACGAGAUGCUGAGUCCCAGAGAGGUCAGAGGUGCCACUGAGCCCUCGUCAUGAUCUGUUCCCGCUCCAGGUUAUUCAUCUGUUGCUCAUCUCAGCUAUUGUUCCUACCUCAAAUUUCAAGUCCCUCAACAAAUAUAACAGAUCAACUUCUAGAAUGAACCUUUGAGAAAGGAGGUAGCAUUGUAUUCUAUAGAAACUGGCAUGCUAUAGAAAACUAUAGACACUGGCAAUAAUGAAGGGGUUUCUACUUCCACCCCCUCUUCUCCAAUUAGGAAACAUUGUGAUUACAUCGAUUACCUUAGUCUCCCCAGAAUAAUCCAGGAGGACUUCUUUGUUUUAAAGUCAGCCGAUUAGUACAUUUUCCGCCUACCACCUGAAUCCCCCUUGGCCGUGAAAGGAAACAUAUUCACAGAUUUUCAGAUUAGAACAUCUUUGAGGAAACCUUACUUUGCUGCCAACACUGGCCCCUGAUUGCCUCACACUAAAUCCAAGAUGGAUGCACUGAUCAGGGGUUCUCAGUGGCACCCAGCCUGAGACCUUAGAGGAGCCAUUUGUCUUCUCAGAGCUAUGCUUUCCUCAAAUAGAAAUAUUCACAAUAACCCCUGUCUCAUGCCUGAGAGCACAGGAUGACGGCUGGGGGUUGAUGCCCUUCUGAAAGGAGGAACAAGCAAAGGCAUCUCAGUUUGCAGUAUUCAGUGAGUUAUGCCAAUGCAAAGACUUGGAUCCGACACUGACUGGUAGGAACCCCCAGCUCAGAUUAAGGAAUGCACAGCCAACAGGCCUGGCUCCAAACAAUUCAAACAAUGGGGAAAGAAUGGAGGAUAUUUUUACUUCUAAUUAUUGUGUCUGUUUGACAAAUACUUAAUUGACCAUAAUGUCAGGCUGGAAUUUGCCUAUUUUAACGUUAUCUGUGGUUUUAAUUAAACUGCUAUGUUUCAUGUUCUUA